CUCAAAGACUCAGUUUACUCACAAUCUGCAACUAAAGCGCAACUGGCCUAAGCGCAAAGACUCGAGCACGUGCUUUAGUCGCUCCUGAGCUUUCGCUGCUGUUGUGUUAUCAGAAAUGCGAGUGCUGUGAGUAGGUUUUCCAUUUCCUGCGACCACCACACAUCAAGAUGGUUUUCUCCGGCAUCCCUUUCGCCCUUUGCGUCUUCUUCAGCCACCAAAUCAUCACUUGUAUGUCUCGGAGUCCUUCCAGUGACUCGAUCCUCGAAAUCAUCAACACCAAAGAAGUCGAGAGGCUUUUAGCUGAGAAAAAACGCAACAUAUCACGUGAGGAGCGACGUUAUCUUUUGGAAAACGAGCUCGACGAGAACUUUAUACCCCCAGACCAGGAGUUUGAAAUCCAAAAAUUGAAGUUACUGGACGAGGAGAGAGCACCUCGCACGGAGAACCCUCGAGUUGAUCUUAACGCGUUUUUGCGCAGGAACAACCACUCGGAACCGUACCGUACCACUGAGCUUCUGCAAGAUUUGAGAGGUUUUAACGGGCGCAAGUUGUUAAAAUCGAGCAAAAAUGCGUUGUUUGUUACGAAAAAAGAGUACUUGCAAAGGGAUUGGUGUAAGACUGAACCACUGAUUCAGAAGGUGAAGGAGGAGGGUUGUUUGACUCGUACUGUGAUUAAUCGGUUUUGUUACGGACAAUGCAACUCGUUUUAUAUCCCGAAGAAUCCGAAAAAGCGCCACAGGCAUAUUCCAGUGAGUGAGGAGACGGAGGACGAGGACCAGAACGGUCCAGCUUUCAAAGCUUGUGCUUUUUGUCGUCCGAGUAAGUUCACUUGGAUCAGUGUUACUUUGAAAUGCCCUUCGCUGAUGCCACCGUUCCGGAAGAAGCGCAUCCAAAGGAUCAAACAAUGCAAGUGUAUUGCGGCAAAUGUAAACUGAGCGAUUAGUGAGGAUUUAUUAGCUGACGUAACGCUCUUGAACUUAAGGACAAUUGUAAACUGCUUAAGAUAGAGAGUAAAAUUAAAAGUCGUAGCCUGGCAUGGCUUAGGAUUUUUAAAAGUGUUUUUGUACCGCGUUUUUGCCGGCUUAAGUGGCUAAUCUUAGUUUAAAACGAGUCGUCGAUAUUGAUCAUAGAACCCGUUUAAUUGAUAUUUUAUUGCAAUUAGUUGCGAGUUGGGCGUCUUCACAUGGCGCGUCUGUGCGUAAGGUUUUUUGCCGCGGACGAGGAAACGUCUGCGAGAUUUAAUGUCGGAUAAUUGUGAUAAAAUCUGCGUAAGGAUGAGAGUGAUAUUGCGCGAAGCUAGACGAUGGUAGGCGACAAGUGCUAAUAAACGUUCCCAACAACAUUAAUAAGUGUACAAACAUUAAACGGCGCCACAAACCUACAUGCUGAGUGGGUACCGAUCAUUAAAGUUAUGUUGAUUUCUAUUUAUACUUUUAUUAUUAAACGGCCUACAUGGACCCGAAAUCGGGAGAUUUUUUCAAUGAGGGCCGGUUUCAGACGUGUGGGCUUUGCUUUCAGGAAGGUCGAAGUUUGCUGAUGCGGGUGAGGAUGCAGUGGCGGACAACAAUCCACUUUUAAAAACUAUCGCAGUUUUGUUUUAUUUUUCACAAACGUGAAACUUGUCAACCAACUUCAUUAAACUUUAAUUAAUUAAAUGUCCAUUUACAGUUUUUGCAGCCGGGAUUUAUAUCCUAGUAAACACAUAAGUUGUAUUCAACAAUUUUUUGCUGUAACUGAAUCGAACUAAUUAAAAAACUUUUGCAUUACAUAAAAUACGUAACAUAUGGAACGAAUUUUUUUUUAUUUUCUAUGCCGUGAACAAUUGAAAAUAACUGUUUGUGCAAUAAAAUAGAAAAUUUUGUUUUCAUUCUUGACGAAGAAUUAUUUUUUUUUUGUAAAUUUAAACGAAGUAGGAACUCUUGAUUUUUUAUUUCUGGGAAAAAUGAAUUUUGUCAACUCAAAUGAGAACGGAAAAGUUAAAAAAAAAUACCGAAGUUUGAAGACGCACCUUGCAAAGCAAAAUUAUGUCAAAUGUCUAACUGUACAGUUAAAAGACUCUUACUAUAACUUAAAAACUAAUAUAAUAAUAAUCGCACAGAGUUCAACGUUUGCUGUUAAAUACUUUGUAUUUUUCUUCAAGUCUGUGAAGUUUUUAGAAUUUGUCUGUAAUUCCUUAUAAUUACAAUGAAUUAAUUAUUGAAUUGAUUAAUUGCUUUGUUUUUGAAUAAUGCUACAAAUCAUACAAUUUUGAUUAAUUAAUAUUUUUGUAUUUUUAAUUUUAUUGAUAUUAAUUAAUAGACUUAGAGCCUGCUUAGAGAAUGCUCAAUGAAAGGUAAUUGCGCUGUUAAAAGUUAAUAACGCGAAAAGACCAAUCAAAGUCGUUCAAUUUGGUCAUGUGAUUACUUAAUUACGCAUUUAAUUGCGAAUUAAAUUAAAGACGCUUCUCUAAACCGAACCUUAGGGCCGGUUUAUAGAAAGUUUCAUUAAAUUUUAAUUCGUUGUUAAAAGUUAUUCACGCGAAUGGACUAACCAAUUUAUUUGAAUUUGGUCGCGUGAUCAGUUAAUCACAUAUUUAAAUGCAGAUUAAAUUAAUGAAACUUUUUAUAAACCGGUCCUGUAUUAAUUACUUUUAGGACCGGUUUAUAGAAAGCUUUGUUAAAAUUUAAUUCGUUGUUAAAAGUUAACAGCGCGAAUGGACCAAUCACAUUUGUUCAGUUUGGUCACGUGAUCAGUUAAUCACUCAUUUAGUUGUGAAUUAAAUUAACGACGCUUCGAUAAAUCGGUUCUUAAUUAUAUAAAGAAGGGUAGAAACAUUUUGAAAAAAUUUACAUACUCGUACAUAGCAAAAAAAACCAAAUAUAUUUAGCAACAAAUGCUACUAUUAGUUCAUGGUUUAUGAGAUAAAGGGCCGGUUUUUAGAACGUUUUAAUCACAAUAAAUUAAAUUUUAAUUCGCGAUUAACUUUAUGUUUGUCAGUGUGAAAAUGUAAAAUAAAUAGCAACUUAAUUUGAAUAAAAUAAUUUUAGAAAAUAAUAAUCUAAAACAAUUUCUUGAAAUAUUAGCUUUAUUUUGGAGUAAAAUAAAUAAAUAUUUGUAAUUUUUCUUAAAAAUUAAACGACAAUUUUUAAUUUCGAAGAAUUCUGUGCUGCUUUUUAGUAAUAAAACUUCUGUUAGCCAUGCUAGCACAAGUUACAACAUACAUUAUAGAUUUUAAAAACUUAUUAUUCAAAAUUUGGAAAAUGAACUGAAUUAGAGUAGGCCGUGUUUGCGGAAUUUUAGCCACAUGACAAACAUAUAGACAUAUCAGGAAUUUUCAAAGACUGAUUCCUUGCAUAAUAUAAAUUAUUCCGAAAUGGUGUUUACCACCCUACAAAAGUGGAAAGAAAUGGAAGGUGGAUGGACAUAUUCAAUUGGUCAAUGAUGCCUAGCAGAAUUUCGGGAGAAAUUUCUCUGAGAAUUUUUUAAACUGUUAUUUUUUAAUAUAAAAACAGUAUUACUGGAUUCUCUCUGGAUUACCGUAUUCUCCUCUACUGUCUUUUGAGACACUAUAUUUUGAUAAGAAAUGUGGCUAAAGUUACACAGGUUAUACUAUCUUUUCAAGGCUUGCUUUAAUUCAUUUCAUUUUCGAUCUCAUGGUAUAAUUAAUGUAAAUGUGCUUCUAGGAUAACAAUGUUAUGUGAAUCACCCUGUCCUUUUUAUUGUAUUAUUGAAUCAUUAAAGAUGAGAAAUAUUAAAACAAAUUUAUUAAUUCAAUCAAUCAAUGACAACUAAUAUUUGCAACAAAUAUUGUAUUAAGCAUUCAUGCAUGCCUUUGUUUGUUAAUUGUUUUUUUAAUUAUUGAUUGUCGUCAUAUUUUUACUACAAAAAUAAAAGGUUUCUGAAGAUUAAAAUCGUGUUCUCGUUGACAAGGUAAGCUACGUAAAACUUUCUAAUUUUGUGGCCUAAAAAUAAACCAAAGUAAGUAUAAAAUUUUAUUGACAACAGGGUUAUUUUCGUCGUCAGAAUUAUCGGUGGUUAAAUUGGUUUCAGUAAAUUUGCCAAUUUUACAAAAUAAAACAAAGUUUGGUUACACCUAAUAUUACCUCUUAUUAUUCCUAAUUUAUUGAUCAGAAUUAGCGUGUUAAUUAAUUAAUUAAUUAGCUACUUUAGGUAGUUGUACGCCACUGUAUUCACAUACCUCAGUUUCAGCACGUGAGCAAUAAUAAUGGUUUUUAGGCAUUUAAUAAACUAACUUCAUCUGUUCAAGUUCCUACUAUUUUUAGUUAAUGGUUAAGUGAUUAGUCGUAAUUUUGUAAUUUAUUAUUUAUUAUUUAUAAUUAACAUAUUGUAUGCGGACGUGAGUUCGGCUUAAUUUAUUUAUCCUGGGAUAAUUAUACGAAAUCCCCUUGUAAUUGCUUUAAUGGCUAUGAAAUUUUGUAAGUCUGAAUGUUAGUAUUAACAUUUAACAGUGUUAUUUUAUUGUUACACGUAGUUUCUUUCUAUAUCGCAUUGAAUAAAAAUAAACAUCGA